AUGGCCCUCAUCCUUACGCAGGCACAAGAGGCAGACGCCCCGCGCAUCGCCGAAAUCCACAUGGCCGCCUUGUACGGCAACGCCAUGCUCCUUGCCCAAUUUCCACUUCCGCAAUCCGCGCAGAUUUAUUCAAUACCUUGGUCCAAAAGGCAAGAUAAGAGAUUCGCGACGCGCAGUGGGCUGUCCUUGUGCUCUAAAGUUGGACAAGAUCCGGUGCGCGUGGUGGUAGGCCUUGCGAAAUGGAGACGUCCAAUGGAGGGAUCUCGGGCUAGAAGCUAUAGUCGAGACGCCGUGGCAGUGGCCUGCUGGGACGAGGUUCGAUAUCCUCGAGGAUUGGACGAGAAGGGUUGA